AUGGAGUCCUUCACAGAGGAUCUAUGGGGAAUUAUACUUGCGAGAUUACCACUUAGGAGCAUCACCUCUUCCAAAUUGGUUUGCAAGCAAUGGAAAUCAAUAGUAGAAUCUCCGGUGUUCCGCCAGCUGUUCUUGUCUCAUCAUCAAAACUCGCAUUCUUCGUGGUCGCUCAUCUACAAGCAUUGGCCGGUAGAAGUCGUGGCUCACUACGGAUGUGCGAUAUGGGGACUUACACGAUCUCUAGGUUCUUACUUGUCGUCUUUCCUAUCCAAAACAUUCGAGACACAUAAUGAAAAGGUCAGAGUCCUGGCUUACACCAACGUUGGAUUGAUUUUGAUUGGUUUGGGAUCUGACUUGAAGAAUCCAACUUACUACGUGGCUAAUCCGAUUUCACAACAAUGUGUGAAAAUCCCACCUCGGCCUCUUCGUCCUCUAGGUCAACAAGAGGAAUGUUUCAGACCUGGACUCGUCACACGCAUUGAAAAAGACGUCCUUUUAAGUUACAAAAUUGUGUUGAUGGAUAGGACUAACAUCAGAACAGAGUCAUCCCCAGUUGCACUCUAUGACUUACAUCGAUCCCAUUACCUUGAACGGAAACAUUUACUGGAUGGGCGUCAACCUUGA